GGCAAAACCCUAGUUGCCAUUAUUGGGUGGUCAUGGAAACUCCUUCAACUUCACACCAGGGACCAAUCCAGGAAGAGAAUCUAGAACAGCAACUGAUUCAAACCAUAACAACGAUCCUCAAUGCCACCAAACCAUCUCUCAGUGCACUUGCCCCAUAUGCCGCACAUCUUUCUCCUUCCUUGAUAUCCUCCAUUUUCGCCUCCAAAGCUCUAAGUUCUCAUCCCUCCGUUCUUUUAAAUGUCUUCAAAUGGGCUCAGAAACAUGUCCCCUCUUUCUCUUCCCCACCCAAUAAUUCUCUCUCUUCUCUUCUUACCCUCUUACCUUCUCUGUUUCGCCAUUACAUGUUCUCCGAUGCCAAAUCCCUCCUUAUUUCCUUCAUUUCUUCCGAUCGCCAACACGAACUCCAUAAAUUGAUUCUCCAUCCCACUCGUGAUCUUCCCGAGCCGUCCAAAGAGCUACUGGAUACCUCCAUUGGCGCCUACGUGCAAAUGGACCAGCCCCAUCUUGCUACUCAGAUCUUCAACAAGAUGAAGCGGCUUAACUACCGGCCGAAUUUGCUUACCUGCAACACAUUGAUGAAUUCCUUGGUAAGAUACCCGUCUUCGAGUUCUAUUCUAUUGGCUAGACAAGUAUUAAAGGAUUCGAUUAAACUCGGCGUGGUACCGAAUACUAAUAGCUUCAAUAUUUUGAUAUAUGGGUAUUGCUUAGAGAGUAAAGUUAAGGAUGCACUGGAUUGGGUGAAUAAAAUGAGUGAGUUUGGUUGUGUACCGGAUACUGUGAGUUAUAAUACGAUAUUGGAUGCAUUGUUAAAGAGGAGACUGUUACAAGAGGCCCGGGACUUGCUGUUGGACAUGAAAAGUAAAGGGCUGUCGCCAAAUAAGCAUACGUAUAAUAUGUUGGUUUGUGGAUAUUGCAGACUGGGGUUACUGAAGGAGGCUACCAAGGUGAUCGAAAUAAUGACGCGUAAUAAUUUGUUGCCUACUGUUUGGACUUAUAAUAUGUUGGUUAAUGGGUUUUGUAAUGAUGGUAAGAUUGAUGAGGCUUUUAGGAUAAGAGAUGAGAUGGAGAAAAUGAAUGUCUUGCCUGACGUGGUUACCUAUAACACAUUGAUUGAUGGGUGUUCCCAGUGGCGGGAUAGUUCUGAGGUAUAUAGUUUGAUUGAAGAAAUGGAUAAGAAAGGAGUGAAGUGUAAUGCAGUUACUUACAAUAUAAUACUGAAAUGGAUGUGUAAGAAAGGGAAUAUGACUGAAGCAACCACUACUCUUGAUAAGAUGGAAGAAAAUGGACUCUCCCCUGAUUGUGUGACGUACAAUACUCUAAUAGGUGCUUAUUGUAAGGCUGGAAAAAUGGGAAAAGCGUUUAGAAUGAUGGAUGAAAUGACUAGUAAAGGUUUGAAAAUUGAUACUUGGACCUUGAAUACGAUUCUCCAUUGUCUCUGUGUGGAGAAAAAACUUGAUGAGGCAUACAACUUAUUAUGCAGUGCUAGUAAGCGGGGCUAUAUUCUUGAUGAGGUUAGCUAUGGUAUUCUGAUUUUGGGUUACUUCAAAGAUGAAAAGGGAGACAGAGCCUUGAAUCUUUGGGAUGAAAUGAAGGAAAGACAGAUUAUGCCAAGCACCAUCACCUAUAAUUCUGUGAUUGGAGGACUAUGUCAGUCUAGGAAAGUUGAUCAAGCUAUAGAUAAGCUGAAUGAGAUGCUUGAGAAUGGAUUAGUUCCUGAUGAAACUACUUACAACAUAAUUAUCCAUGGCUUUUGUUUGGAAGGGAAUGUGGAAAAAGCAUUCCAAUUCCACAACGAAAUGAUUGAGAAUUUAUUCAAGCCAGAUGUCUAUACUUGUAAUAUUCUUCUUCGUGGGUUAUGCAGAGAGGGUAUGCUAGAGAAGGCUCUUAAGCUGUUCAAUACUUUGGUUUCUAAAGGCAAAGACAUUGAUGUAGUUACGUAUAAUACCAUAAUAUCUAGUCUGUGCAAAGAAGGGAAAUUCGAGAAUGCUUAUGAUCUUCUUACUGAAAUGGAAGCGAAAAAGUUAGGUCCUGAUCAAUAUACUUACAAAGUGAUUAUUGCUGCUCUAACAGAUGCGGGAAGGAUUAAGGAGGCGGAGGAAUUUACAUUGAAAAUGGUUGAAUCGGGAAUAGUGCAUGAUCAGAAUUUGAAAUUGGGCAAAGGGCAGAAUGUGCUAACCUCUGAAGUUUCGGAACAUUUUGAUUUCAAGUCUAUAGCUUACUCGGAUCAGAUCAAUGAACUAUGUAAUCAACAUAAGUAUAAGGAUGCAAUGCACCUAUUUGUCGAAGUUACAAAGGAAGGUGUUGCUUUAAACAAAUACACUUAUCUAAAUUUGAUGGAGGGGCUGAUUAAGAGGCGUAAAAGCACAUCAAAGGCCAGCCGGUGAUUAUUAAAUCUUUACAACUUCAUCAAUGUCAAAUAGGACCAGCCUCUCUUCAGGUUCUACUCAAAUCCAAAGGGUUUUUUCGCUCUAGGAUGUAGGAAUGUUGGAACAAGGUGUCUCUCUCUUUCAUGGACAAAAGGGUCUAUACAAGUAGUGAUUGUUGCCUGGCUUAGUGGGUUAUGAAAUUUUGCAACUGUGAUGAAGAUUCAUUCCAUAAAAAGGUGCAGCUUAGGUUGAUAGCCAAGUGAAAAUGGAAGUGGUUUCAUCAGGAGAGAAGAAUAUAAAAACUUUCUGGUUUUGGAAACAUUCAGGACCCACUCUUCACCAAUGGACUAGCAGGUACUGGGUAAUUCUGGAUACAGAAAAAUGGCCUGCAAAUUAUCAUUUAAAACGUUCGUGCUGCAGUCAUCUUCCUAGGACCCAGGAUCAUUAAGACGGUAUCCAACUCAUAAUCAGUAUGCAUCUUGAAGUAGAAGGUACCGGUUUUUUUUUAAGCAAAGACUGUCCCAGUUGCAUGUCUCAUUCUCGUUGAUACCUACUGUCUCAACAUGUGGCAGCAGCGUUGUUCCAAAGGGCUUCAUCUAGAAAAUGGCAACCUUACAUUGGUUCAAGUUUGUACCUUUUCCUUCUGACUCUUCCUUCCCUGGAAACCCCAUUUUACAUGCGCUCUACUUUUGAAUUUAUUCCUAGCUUCCUAUUUAUUAUAUCAAUGUGCUUGGAGAGUAGUUUCAUAUGACUUUGGAUGAAGUAGCAUCUUGUACAUUUCUGUAUGAAUUUGAAAAGAAAAAUCUGAUGUUGGCUCUUAAUUUUUUUUGUGA